AUGGACAGAUCGCCAUCCCGGGACACUGAGGUUGAGCUGCCAUAUAGCUCUCCGCCUUUUGAGUUCGUUGUCGAGAAUGAAGCUUUCUUCUUGCACCAGACACUUGUCGCUCAGACGUCAGCCCCCCUCAAUGCCCUCAUUAAUAUCGAUAUGAAAGAGAAGGACGAAGGACAAGCAGCCUUACCUGGUGUCGAGGCAGCUACCUUCAGAAGAUUCUGUCAAUGGGCAUAUACUGGCUCUUACGACUGCCCCGCGCCCUGUCCUGUCAGCAAGAAGAAGGAAGGCGAUGCCAGUAACGCGUCCAUAGUCGCCCAAGAAGCCGCGAGCGUAGAUGGAGAAUCUGAAUCAAGGGAUCAAUCCUUGAGAAAAGCCUCUGGGAAAUCUGAGAAGAAGAAACCAAAGAAUACGCGAUGGACCCCCAGCGGUCUCUCCAGGUCCAGCCUCCACGAAAGAUUCCUGCGCUACUGGGAAAGCCGCGAACCCCAAACAGUGCCGCAGAAGAAGCCAAACGUCGAAUGCGACUACACGGAAGUCUUCCUCGCCCACGCAAAGCUCUACGUCUUCGCAGAGGAGAAGGAUGUGCCAAGGCUCAAGACUCGGGCGCUGAAAGGCUUGCAUACCAACCUUUGCGAAUUCCAUCUCCAGCGCUCUCGAGUCGGGGACUUUGUGUCUCUCCUAAGAUAUGCAUAUGAGAACACGGCGCAAUUGCGACCGGAGAAGCCGGACGACCUACGCCAGCUCCUGGCUGAGUAUAUGAGCUGGCAGAUGGAGAUCUUGAUGAAGAAUGAGGAGUUUAGAAGUCUGGCUUUUACGGUGAAGAAGGAUGGGAAUGAAUUCCUGGAUGACUUCAUGGCUAUGGUUAUGAAAAGGCUCUACAAGGCAGAUAUUUCGUCCUAUUGA